GACUGCAUAGCACCUGACUGGCCCAGCUUGGCAGUGCAGUUUGCUUUGGAUGUGCAAUAUGGAAGUCAUGUUUAUUGUUAGUUUUAGACGAUACACUCGUCCACAAUUUAAUUUUAUUCUACUAAUUAUCCUUCAGCUUGGCCUACACACAGUAGAGGGAGUGUGGCCAUUACCGCAGACUUUCACCUCCUCAACCGAGCGAUACCCUCUGAACCCAAAGGCUUUCUACUUUGGGUACGGAAGACAAUUAGCCGCACAGCAGGAGUGUUCUGUUCUCGAUGCUGCAUUCAAGAGAUAUUUUUCUCUCAUUUUUCCGGACUACACUUCAGGGAAUGGUGUUCUGCGAUUCAGUGGAGACAAACCAUUUACUGUUGAGAUCAGAGUUGACCAUGCUGAUUGUGAUAGUUACCCAAAUGAAAACUCGUCUGAGAGAUACAAUCUUAGUGUCUCUGCAGGACAAGCAUCUCUAAAUGCGGACACUGUGUGGGGUGCUCUAAGAGGUCUGGAAACCUUCAGUCAGCUGGUGUAUCAAGAUGAUGUUGGCACAUAUUUUGUGAACAAGACUGAGAUUGAUGACUUCCCGCGGUUUCAGUUCAGGGGGAUUUUGUUGGACACUUCACGUCACUAUUUACCAGUGCAGGCCAUUUUAAGAACUCUGGAUGCAAUGGCCUACAGUAAGUUCAAUGUGUUCCAUUGGCACAUUGUUGAUGACCCCUCCUUCCCUUACCAGAGCCGCACAUUUCCAGACCUUUCGAGUAAGGGGGCUUUCCAUCCAAUGACUCACAUCUACACACAGUCAGAUGUGAGAAGGGUUAUCUCCCAUGCCAGGCUGUGGGGAAUAAGGGUCCUUCCAGAGUUUGAUUCACCCGGCCACACCCAAUCUUGGGGAAAAGGGCAGUCUAACCUGUUGACGCCCUGCUAUAGAGGGAGCACCCCCUCAGGUACUUUUGGUCCUGUUAAUCCAGUGUUACCCUCCACCUACCAGUUCAUGGCGAGACUAUUUAGAGAAGUGUCAUCGGUGUUUCCUGAUUCCUAUAUCCACUUAGGAGGGGAUGAGGUGGAUUUUUCCUGCUGGAAGUCCAACCCCGAUGUCCGAGCAUUCAUGCAGAAGAUGGGAUUUGGAGGAGACUUCACCAAACUGGAAGCAUUCUACAUGGAGAAGAUUGUGAAUAUUACUUCAGCUCUCAACAAAACGUCGAUCGUGUGGCAGGAUGUGUUUGACUACCAUGAACGAAUUCCUAUGGACACAGUACUGCACAUCUGGAAGGGCACCCCAGCUAGUUAUAAGGAAGAGCUCAGCAGGAUGACCAAAGCUGGCAUGAGGGUCCUGCUGGCUGCCCCAUGGUACAUCAACCACAUUGCCUAUGGUCAGGAUUGGCGCAACUACUACACUGUGCAGCCACUGAACUUUUCUGGUACUGAGGAACAGAAGAAGCUGGUGAUAGGGGGCGAGGUCUGCAUGUGGGGGGAGUAUGUCGAUGCCACCAAUCUCACUCCACGUCUUUGGCCAAGGGCAAGUGCUGCCGCAGAGAGACUGUGGAGUGAUGAGAAGCAGACCUCCAGCGUGGACGAGGCGUUUCCUCGCUUGCAGGACUUUCGCUGCAAGCUUGUGAGGCGUGGCAUCCGAGCAGAGCCUCUGCAUGUUGGACACUGCAAACACGAGUACCAAGGUGUUUGAAGAUGUUGGAUGGAUUCACAUUGCAAGGUUUUUCUGGUGAAUGUUUGGACUAAUUACAUUCAUAGUUGCCUUCUUUUAAAGUGGUUUAUAUUUUUUAAUACAAAUUGUUUAUCCAGUCUUAAUGCACACUAUAAAAUGCUUUCUCAGGGACUUCUCUCAUUACCGUUUCUCAUUCAAUUUUUUUGUAAUAACAUUUUGAGUAGUUUUAUUUUAGGUUUGACAUAUUUAGCAUUCAUAUAUAAAGAAAUGUGAACAAAAACAUUGUUUGAAGAACCCAAAGUGCUGCUCUAUGAUGCCAUGUUGAAUUGUACUUGAUGACUUUAAAAUUAUGGAAUGUAGAUUUUAAACUAUAAGAACACUGCCGGUAGGCUGUAGCUUGCACUCUUGCAAUGUAUUGUAAUAUAAAUAUUAUUGGUUUGCAGGUUGCCAGUUAAAUGUCAACGCUUAUUUAAAACAGAAAAACAAACACAUUGACAGCCUUUUUCAAGAUAUUGGCAGUUUAAAGUUCCAGGUGGUCCAACCUUAAUGUCUUAAUGGACGAAAUGAGCACCCCAGAGGAAACUCAAGGCGAAAUGA